AUGGCAAAAUUGCCGUAUUGGUUAUGCAAAUGGCAAAGUCUUGCAUUCACAAGUCAAGCUGAAGUGGUGGUCCUUGUUAGAUACAAAGAUGGAAGGAAAGAAACUAGAAAGCUGACCAGUCUGCGUAAAGAAACGCAAAUGGGAAAGCCUUAUGUCUUGGGUCUUUUUAGAGUCUCGAGUGUUGAGUGGGGGAAUUGGUGUUGUCUCCUUGCACCAGGAAGGCUGAUAACGUUCCCAAAGACUAGCUUCUCUUCUAAAAUCCCAUGUUCAUGCCAAAAACCUGCAAUUCUCAGUGGAAAAAUCUGCAAUCUUAUCCACGCUAACUGCAGCCCUGCAUUUGGAUGGGGAAUACAUAAAUCUAUAAUAAGCGGUGGGGCUGCUAGUAGUAAGGUGGUAAUGGGGUGGGAGGAGAGUGGUGGUGGAAUUGGCGACAUCAAUGGGAUUGGGGUGGCAACAACGAUGGUUGUGGGGGGAUGGUGGCGGUAG